AUGAGUGGUUUAAGAAAAUCACUACCUAUACAUAAACCGAUAACAACAAUAGAUCAAAAUCUUGAAGAUGGAGACGACGAAAAAGUAUUUGUUACAUCAAAAUAUAAAAAAAUGAUUCCACCAAUAACUGAGAAACCAAAUAAUCUAAGUAAUGAUGAAAAUGCAACACUAUUUAAUGGUACUUAUAGUCUAACGAUAAAAACUAUAAUUAAUAAUGAAGUUGAAGUAAAAUUAACAAGUGAUGAAGUUACUGAAAUUCAAGGAAAACGAAAAAAAAUCUGA